UUCACGAUUCAGACCUUUCUGCCUCUCGUGCGUAAGGCGGCUACUCAGGUGGCUUCGGACGAGUUCUCCGCGAACCGUGCUGCAAUCCUUAACAUCUCAUCAGGAGCUGGUUCCAUUAGCACAAACACGACAGGAUCAAUGGAAUUUGGGGCAUUGGCCUACCGUAUGAGCAAGUCUGCCCUCAAUUCCCUCAUGAAGACUAUGUCUAUUGAUCUCGAACCUGAGCACAUUCUCAUUGUCAGCUUCUGUCCUGGAUGGGUGCAGACAGAUAUGGGAGGACAAGGCGCAUCGAUUACGGUCGAAGAGUCAGCAGCUGCUCUAGUUUCCUCAUUUGCCAAAUUGAACAAGGAACAUCAUGGUGGCUACUUCAGAAGAUCUCUUGAACCUAUUCCAUACUAG